AUGCCUCGCGCGACGUUUCCCCCGACGCCGGGGUCUUCCACAGACAUCAAAGGCCAGGAUGGCUCCAAGAUGGCCUCCCUCCAGCUAGCCUUUGAGCUGCCGCCACCGGCCGUCACAAACGAGGCAGGGCGCAGCGCCCUCCCAACGUCGGCCUCAACGCUGUACCCCACGCAGGCCAGCGAAACCGUCAAGUCGCGCCGGCGAUCGUCAGCGGCCAACCCGCCCAAGGACCAGUUCGCCCUGCCGCCCCCGCCGACUCGUUCCCGCAAGAUCAUCCAGAUGAAGCCCCGAGAGGAACCCCCCGCCGAGACACCGACCGCGAGCUCCAAGACGGCCGCGCCUAAGAGUAGCGCGGGAGCGAAUUCCACGGCCGCAGCGGCUGGGACGAAAAGGAAACAACCGUCGGCAACCAGCGCGGCUGGGAGAAAGAUUGCCAGGAAAACGGCUCACAGCCUGAUUGAGCGUCGCAGGAGGUCCAAGAUGAAUGAAGAGUUUGCCGUCCUCAAGGGGUUGAUACCAGCGUGCACCGGAGAGAUGCACAAGCUGGCUAUUCUGCAGGCAUCCAUUGAAUAUGUGCGGUAUUUGGAAGACUGCGUGUCCAAGCUGAAGGCCCAGUGCGGGUCAGAAGCACAGCUCGACCCCCAGCCCAGGCCGGCCAUCCAUUCGGGCUUGCCAUCCCCAACCCUCGGAGACACCUACAACCAGGGCUACGGUGCCAACCCUGACGCAGGUUCGCCCGACGUGGAGAUGACUAGCUCCUCUAGUGCGCCAUCACCGAGUUUCACUCCCAUCGCCAGCCGAUCCCAGCAGCCGUCCGUGUCUCCAGCUCUGCGACCCCAAGACCCCGGUCGGCACAACUCGUACUCGUCCAUCUCGUCGGACUACCGCCUGCACGGGUACACCACGUCCACCACCACCUCACCCUUCUUCGGGCCGCAGGCUGGCAGUGGCGGAUACCCGGACGUCUCGCAGCGUGCGCACUCCGCGUACGGAUCGGCCCUGACCAGCCCAGCGCUGCCGCCGCUGCGGGAUUUGGACCAGGAGGCGACCACGGCGUUGCUGAUGCUGAACCAGAUGGAUAGGCGGACGAGCAGCAGCACGACGACGGCGCCGCGGGGGAUGAGUGUGCGGGAUCUGUUGAGCGGGUGA